GCAACCAGCAGAGCAACAUGACUUCCAGCAGCAUGAACAUGGGCAGGGUGGUGUUCUUCGAGGACAGGAACUUCCAGGGUCGUUCCUAUGAGAGCAGCAGCGACUGCGCUGACAUGUCUUCCUACCUGAGCAGGUGUCAGUCCUGCAAGGUGGAGCGUGGCUGCUUCAUGGUGUACGACCGCACCAACUACAUGGGCAACCAGUUCUUCCUGAAGAGGGGAGACUACUCCGACUACCAGAGCAUGAUGGGCAUGAGCGACUGCAUCAAGUCCUGCCGCAUGAUCCCCAUGCACCGCGGCCAGUACCGUAUGAAGAUCUACGAGAAGGAGAACUUCGGAGGCCAGAGCCACGAGAUGAUGGAGGACUGCAACAACGUGAUGGAGCGUUUCCGCAUGUCUAAUUGCAUGUCCUGCCAGGUGAUGGACGGACAGUGGCUGAUGUACGAGCAGCCCAGCUUCAGAGGACGCAUGAUGUACAUGAAGCCCGGAGAGUACCGCAGCUUCAGCAGCAUGGGCAUGAGCAGCAACCACUUCAUGAGCAUGAGGCGCAUCAUGGACUCCUACUACUGAACCCAAUAAA